AUGUUAAAUGAUCAUAUGGAGGCAAAUGGAACAAGGCCAGAAUCUAUCCAGGACAUACUGCGCCAGUUCACUGGAAAAAUUUGGCUGUCAAACUUUGACAUUACAACCGGUUUCAAUCAAAAUGUGUACAACCGAGUACCAUUCGGGCUGAAGGACUCCGGCAUUCAUGAGGGCUCUGAAUGCUAUGAUCAUCCAGAGAUGAGGGAAUUUUGUGUUAUCUACAUCGACGACAUAAUUGUCGCGUCUGCAACUUUUGAAGAAUACAUGUGGCACAUAAAGCAGCUGCUGGCAGUACUCCAGAGAUAUGGAGUGACCCUCAGGCCUGACAAAGCGAAACUGUGCGCAAAUAGGGUGGAAAAGUGCAAACUGGAGGAAAUCAACGAAAAUGAAACGGCCCUCUCACGUGCAAGAAUUAAGACAGUUCUUGGGGCUGAUUUCUGUCAAUUUUUCGCAGAUGUUGAGUCCUCUAUACGCGCUGUUGAAGAAGGGCAAAAAGUGGAGCUGGGGAAAAGAGGAGGAAAAGUGUUUGAGAAGGUUAAGAUUGCGUUUCAUGGCAGUAUUUGUUUGGCGCAUCCUGAUUUCACGACAUCUUUCCAACUCUCACAGACGCAAGUGCACAAGGCAUUGGGGGAUGUCUGCAACACGAAGGAAUUCGAUAUGGAAAUCGCCUAUUGCCAGUGUAAACACAACAAAUUUGAUGACUGUUUAAGCCGAAAUCCUUCGCGGGAAGAUGACGACGAAGAAAAUGUCGCUCAUGAAAAUAGUUAA